AUGGGAUUCAGUGUCUUGGGUGUUUGUGUUGGUGGUUUUGUGUUAUUUUUCUUGGGUGGCAUUAAGGUCGGGUUCUCGCAAAGCGAAUCAUUUGCAAGGAAUUAUAUCAGCUGGGAUGAUUUGAAGGUGGAUGACCGUAAGUUGGGGUUGAACACGAAAGAAGAACGCGUUAAUGGAAGCCGGAUCAUUGUGGUUGACAAGAAUGGAGGAGGAGAUUCUCUUACAGUUCAAGGAGCAGUUGACAUGGUUCCGGAACAAAAUACAGAAAGAAUCAAAAUUUACAUUCUUCCUGGAAUUUACAGAGAGAAGGUACUUGUACCGAUUUCGAAGCCAUACAUAUCAUUUAUUGGGAACCAGAAAAAUACUUCUGAAACUGUGAUUACUUGGAACAACAAGGCAUCUGAUAAGGACGGCACCGGUUGCGAACUCGGAACAUAUAGAACUGCUUCUGUAGCCAUAGAGGCUGAUUACUUUUGCGCAACUGGGAUCACCUUCGAGAACACAGUGGUUGCAGUGCCUGGAGGAUAUGGAAUGCAAGCAGUGGCGCUUAGAGUUGCGGGUGACAAAGCCAUGUUCUACAGAGUUCGGGUUUUGGGGACGCAGGAUACGCUCUUGGACGAGACUGGAUCUCACUACUUCUACCACUGUCACAUUCAAGGAAAUGUGGACUUCAUUUUCGGCAGAUCAAGAUCACUCUACCAGGAGUGUGUUAUUCAAUCAACGGCUGAGAACUCGGGAGCAAUAGCAGCUCAUCACAGGGACUCACCGUAUGAAGACACGGGAUUCUCUUUUGUAAACUGCAAAAUCAUCGGAACCGGCUACAUCUACUUGGGAAGAGCUUGGGGAAAUUAUUCAAGAGCGGUGUAUUCCUACUGUCAUUUCGAUGAUAUAAUAACUCCUCCAGGGUGGAGCGACUGGAACUACCCAUCCAGGCAGAAGACAGUGGAUUUCGGAGAAUAUAAAUGCAGGGGCAGAGGAGCAGAAAGAAGCGGGAGGAUUACAACAAGUGGUAUCAAGAGCUUAGAUUCUUACAUGGGUUGUGACUAUCAAGCAAUGACGAAGACUGGUGAUUCCAAUAGUAGUGAUGAUGUUGAAGAAAAGUCUGGCACUAGUGGAACCAGGAUGACGGUUCAAAGUACUAGGUUUGAAAUUGAGAAAUUUGAUGGAACGAACAACUUUGCUAUGUGGCAAUGUGAGGUUCGAGAUGUCCUGAUACAGCAAGGUUUGGCUGCAUUGGAGACAAAAUAUAUGAAGAAGAUUGUAAAGAAUCUACUGCAUCUCAAAAGCAAGUUGUACAGGUUCCAGUACAAAGAGGGAACGAUGAUGAUUGGCCAUCUAGAAGAGUUUAACAAGCUUUUAGCUGAACUGGCAAAUCUUGAAUAG